AUGGUCAUGACGACUCGCUCGUGGAAGAUCCUCCUAAGUGUGGUGUUUAUGCUGACUUUUCUUCUUAUAGGGUUGAGAAGUUACGCGUGGCUGAAUGGAGAAUCGUCUCAGAAACCCCGACGAUUUCACACUGCAAUUGCAGAAUAUGGUUCAAGGCUUUCGAGUUACCAGGCCCGACUUCGGAUGCCAAAAGAGCACGUGGAACUUAUCAGGAGGGAAAGCCAGACUCUGGAAAACAACUACCGUGAAAUUCUGCUUUUAAUGAAACAAAUUGAUGUUCUGAAGGCGUUACUGAGAGAGACACAGACUGGUCUGCACAGCUUCAAUGACAGCUGGAAGGCUGGGGGGGACCCCGCGGAGGCUCAGGACCACCCCGAGGCCGUGGGCGAGGAAAUGUCCAACUUGGUCAAUUAUGUGCUGAAAAAGCUGAGAGAGGACCAGGUCCAGAUGGCCGACUACGCCCUCAAGUCGGCAGGGGCCUCCAUCAUUGAAGCUGGGACCUCGGAAAGUUACAGAAGCGACACAGCAAAGCUGUACUGGCAUGGGAUCGGGUUCCUGAGUUAUGAAAUGCCUCCAGACAGCAUCCUUCAGCCGGACGUUCACCCUGGCAAGUGCUGGGCUUUCCCAGGUUCCCAGGGCCACGCCCUCAUCAAGCUCGCUGGGAGGAUCAUACCGACCGCUGUUACCAUGGAGCACAUCUCAGAGAAGGUGUCUCCCUCAGGAAGCAUCUCCAGUGCACCCAAGGAAUUCUCUGUCCACGGCAUCUCGAGUGAGUGUGAAGGAGAAGAGACUUCCCUAGGUCAGUUUGUAUAUAACAAAACAGGAGACACUGUGCAAACCUUUGAGCUCCAGCAUGAAGUUUCUGAACCUAUACUGUGUGUGAAACUUAAAAUCCUCAGCAACUGGGGACACCCAAAGUACACGUGUUUAUACAGAUUCAGGGUCCACGGCAGCCCGGAGGACCACAGCUAG